AUGGCCGCAAAGCCGUCGGCCUCCAGCACGCAGAACAGCGCGGUCUCCUUUCAACGUCCUCCUCAAGUCCAUUUAUCUGAUAAAAUCCUUGCUUCUUCCAUUAUUCUACCCCAGGAUGCGGUAAUCGCCUCAACCACCUUUGUGCCGCUCCCUGGCCACCAGAACCACCCGUACAACCUGGAGCUGGCGAGGCGAAGCAUUCUGGAGAGGAAUGGAGAUGAUACUCUCCUCGAUUCGUUGCUGGCCAAUGUCAAAAUUGGCAGACACUCUGCGAUACACAUAUUCGCCAUCGUUCAACCUGAUCGUCUCCCUGAAAUGCUGGCCACCUUGAGGGAUUUAAAGUUCGAAGGAUUAGAUUCUUCAGGCCCUCUUACUUUCACACCGCAAGACGUCUAUCUCGCCUCUCAUGCUUCCCGCUCAUCUUCUGGCUCAUAUACGGUUAAUAUUCUGGAUAGCUCACCAUCUUCAAUACCCCGCAAGACCUUGCAGAACAUAUACUGCCAGUUCAUUGCUGCGAUACGGAACCGUCUCAUAGACGACAUCGUCCGAGAAUCCGCUGCCGGUUCGCCAAGAUUGCUACGACUGCAGGACGGCGUUCUACUCGGUCGUCAGAGUAAACCAUCAGAAUGGGGCGCAGAAUGGGAGCAUCAUGCGCAGACCAGGGCCCUCAUUCUAUGCACGUUCCGAAUAUUACUGUUGCCGUCUCCCGCACGGUUGGUCAUACAUCCCCUUCUUUCGCUUACUUCCUCGCUCCCCCUUGGACCCCUACUUCCUUUGCCUCCAGGGACGCCGAUUACCCUACUUCCUUCUGGCACACCAGCGUACUAUCUUUCCACGUAUACGGGCCCAACGUCGGGGUUGAUCACUCAGUUCAACGAGUCAUUGGUGGGUCAAGGCAUCGUUGGUUGGGAUAAGGAUAUCGUAACGCGUCAAGGCAAGCAACCCAUGGGCCGUGAUACAGCUAGCCAUCCCCCAGUCUUCAUCAUUGCUUGGAUUAGUGUCGAAAACAAGCAAGGAGAAGAGAAAGGCCUCCCUAUCGUGUGGCCCACCUGUUUAUGUAUCUCUAGCUCACUUUCCAACAAUGGGAAUGGCCCUCGUAUGCUCAGCUAUAUUCCCGAGCUGCCCGCAGAGUUGCAACCAUCACCACCACCAGCGGCUCGUGCGACCAGUGAAUCAGGCCUCGCAUCAGGACUGUUCUCUCCUUCGUCUGGCGCACUCACACCAUUUAUCUCUGCUCUAUCUCCCGCCGUCGAGCAUUUCCCGCCUCAAUUCACUUUUGAUGCCACAUCUCGCGCAACCUAUCACAUGUCCCCCUCCAUCGCAUCCUCCCCGUACUCGGAGUCUCUCCUUUCAUUUCGAAAUUUGACUGUUUCCAGGUCAAAGAAAGUACCCCAGGUUGCCGGAGAAGUUGGCGAAUAUGUUGAUUAUGUGGCCCGGGAAAGAGAACGAGAGAGGGAUCGGAUUAGGAAAGAGAGGGAGAGUCAAAGUCAUUCCUCUCCCAAGCAAUCGCGACGGACACCAAAUACUCCUACAACUAUACCUACUGGUACAUCUUCGACAGGGGACUUUCCUGCUACCACUAUAACGCUCACGAUGCCCCAGUCUGGUACCAUCUCUGCAUCAGGGACGGAGCCUCCACCAAACCAUCCACCCCCUCACAUCAGUAUCGGAAGUUUCUACCCUUCUCCCCCACAAACCAACCCGCCCGUCCCGCUGGUCGCCAUCUCAGAGACUUCCCCUGAAGUAGUGCCAACAGCUCUCCCCGUCUCCACUCAAGGAACACCCAUAGAAUCCCAACUCCCACCUUCCCCCGGUCCCCAAACUAACAAUGCCGCCUCAGGAAUGAAUUCCUUCGGCUCGUUCGGUAACAUCGACAUGAGCUGGUCGGAACCUGUUCAAACCACGGACAACGAUUUCCUUGAUAUGAACAUAGGGUUCGAUCUAUCCAUGGGAUUCGACAUGGAUAUGGAGCCGCAGUCUGCGUCUAAUAAUACUGCAGCUGUGACGAAUUAUCGACGCGCCGACAUGGAAAUGGAAGAGGACUUUACGGAAGAUGACUUCAGCUACUUCGACAGCAAACCCUUGAAACCAUCUAAUUCCCUUCCUGCCAAUCUUCUAUCGGAUGCCUCCUCUGCAGCCGCAUUGGACCCUCUGGCUAGCUCUGGGCUCGGGCAUUGGACACCAUCACUAUUUGGGGAUCUGAGCUUUUCAGGACCUGGCCCACCUCAAUUGAGUCCGACAUCCAAAGCGUUUGGGAUCAAUAUCCCGCAGUGGAAUGAUGGACUCAAUGGAAGAUUUGGCGAUGCUGAGCCAACGCCUGCCCUCUCGCCGCCUUCUGCUGGUCGGAGCCCGUUAAGCCACGGAGGGCCACCGACUCCUGAUGUCCAGCUAGACGAGUCAACAGCCCUUUCUUACCAUGCUGACCCCAAGCACGUAACAUCGUCGUUUGAUCCUAUCCCCUUUGCCGAAAGACACAAACUCGCGGAUGGCAAGUAUGCGAUUGGCAAGUUCGCACCGCACAUUUCGGGUGACGACCCAGUGGCCGAAGAAGAGGUACCACCUAAAGGAUGGAAAUCCAAGUAUAAGGCGGCUACUGACCCUAGAGUCGGUCUCGUUCGCAAGUUGAUCGGCGUCAAGCGCAAGUCGAAUCGCCAAGAUAGACGGCCUUCUAAGAUGUCCACCAAAGAACAUGAAGAUUGGAGUACGAAAUAUGAUACAGAUGGGGAUGUCGAAGUUGAGGACUCAGAAGUAGAUUCGCAGGAUGGAGAAGUUGAAGAAGUGGACAGUGCUUCAGUAACGACAAGGGCAUCCACACCCCCUCCAUCAUACCUUCCACUAGGUCACUCACUCCUUCAUACUCAAUUCCAUCAUUCACAGCUCCUUCCUUUGAGCUCCUCCCUUCGACCACCAAGCUCCGUUGUCGCGCCUGCCAACAUCUCUGCCGGACCUGGCGCAACGUUUGUACCAACGCCUGUUUCUCCUGGCGCCGCCCUUGGCGCUGCAAACGAAAAGUCGAAGUCCCUGGAAGCCGCUGCAUUGAUGAUUGCUAAGGAGGUGGUGGACAACGGCGAGUGGGCUCUAUGUUGGUUUGCCAAUGUACAAGCAACUGCUCACCUGCAGCAGGCGGAGGCUUGGCACGCCGACAUCCAUUUUAUUGCUCACCUUUUGUCACGAUUACCCAAUGUCCAAGGGCCGAUGGAACUUACAGACCUCUUCUCACCGACUACUCCAUCUACCUCUCCCGAACGUGUCUUACAGCCUACGGAGUCACCAUUGAUUACUCUAGCGAAAGGGGAUACGCUUGUUCAUAUCCAGCCCACUGCCAUCGCCUUCUGGGAAAAGUUGGGUUUGGGGCCCAAGGGUGGUAAGAAGGAUGUUACCGCUUAUGCUUUAUUUCAAGAGGUCGACGAGUCACAUCGUUCGUCUGUUGCAAAUUGGCUUCGCAACCUCUCAAGCGAAUAUACGGAUAAACACUUGGGAUGCCAUGAGCCUGGGCAGGGUAUCGGUCCAGAAAAGAAUGGGCUACUCUCCAUCCAAUUUGACUCAACAUUUCGCAAGAACCUUGCCAACAUUGUGGCUAAUCUGCCCCCGGUCAACCAUUCCUUAGUUUUCUACGUCGUCGCUCCGAUAAUGCUGAUGACACUAUCGUCACAAUUAUGUCGCCAAGACACCGCGAUAACUCUAGCUCGCUCCUCCGUUCGUACGAAAUAUUCGACCACGCACUGCUUCGAUGUCGUCGAUCGCGACACUCUUCUACACGUCGGAUAUCGUAUUUCAUCAUGUGGGAAGUGGAUUCUAGUUGCCUGUGUUGAUCAGCGAGGGGAAGCCUACGAUACGCAUUUGUGGUUGCGGCACACUCCAGGCGAAGAUGGUUCACCCGACGAUGGCACGGAAGUGAAUGAUAUGUCGUCCGAAGCUUACGUCGCAUUGAAAGUCUGGUCGUUCGCGUCUGAAUUUGCGAAGCGGGCCAAUAUCGAGUGGCGGAUUAUCAUUACGAAGCUGGGGUGCCUGAGCGAAAGUGAAUUACAGGCGUGGUCAUCUCACCUGGAGACAACCACCGAAAGUCAAGCAGAUCAUGUUUCACUCCUGUGCGCGUAUACGGAUACAUCAUACAAGUUCCUCCCUCCCCAAGCCACCUCCCCUGUCAAGAAGCCUCGGCAGUCUCGAGGGACGAACGCUUCGCUCUUCGUCGACAUAUCAGCGAACACCUACAUACUAUACCCUCAAGUCGUGCUCCCCGUGAUACCUCCCUCACUUCUUCCAAAUAUCUCGAUGGUCACCGAGCCUGCCCAGGAUGAAGACGACUUAGAGUCUCCUCCUAUGUUCCCCCUGUCCACUUCCAUCCUCAUUCGAGCUCCAAAUGAGGGUGGCCUCGCAUCGGCCUCGAUGCUACAAGUCCAUUUACUCUAUACUUAUCAGGCGAAUGACGAUGCCGACGACGCCGCUGAACAGCAAAAGCGGCUAAUGGAAGAUAUCUCGCGCAAUUUGGUUGACUUGACAGUGCUAGCCAAGAAUCGCUGGAUGCGAAUCGCCAAUCCGAUCUUGCCAUUCCAUCUCGCUGCGGUUGAAAACAUGGAUAGGGCGUUGACGCGCGAGGAGGAGCCGGAGGAGCCUGCCUGUUCCGAUUCGUAA